UAUUCUCGUCCGUGUGCGGGUAUCUGUGUGUAUUUGUGUGUGCAUUUCGGUUAGUUUUGUGAUUGUGUCCCCAAAAUACAUGCAGUGGAUUCUUUUUGUAGCAAUUUAAUAUCAAGAUUACAAACACUCGGAGUAAUGCCACAGGCGCUAAUGCAUGCGUCAAGCCUGUCGUGUGGUCGUGCUAAAUUGGCAUUCGUUAUUAAUUAAAUCAACAGUCGCAGCCACACUCACAGAAGGCAUCAUAGGCUCAUAGGCUCUGGAAACGAACAGCUGAGACAGAGAGUCCGAGUGAGAGCGAGAUAGCGAAAAACAAAAAAAGAGAGAGAGAGAACGAUCAAGAGAGGAGCAGUUAAAGUUAAUCGAUACCAACGCCAGCACCAGCUUUGGCUGCACAGCACCGGCAAACGCCAACGCCGACAACACAGCAACAACAACAACGAACAGCAAUACUUGCGCACUCUGUGGCGCUGAGUGUUAGAACGCCGUCAAAAUUUCACUAGACCUAAUGGCCAAGGAUGAGGAAGAUGAUCUGCUCCCUGAUAAGGAUGCUGCCAAGGGCUUCUAUGCUAAAUAUGAGCCCAAAGAGAUUUUGGGCAGAGGCAUCAGCUCAACGGUGCGACGAUGCAUCGAAAAGGAAACUGGCAAAGAGUUUGCUGCCAAAAUCAUCGAUUUGGGGGCCACCACAGAGGCCGGUGAGACGAAUCCAUAUCAUAUGCUAGAAGCCACUAGACAAGAAAUCUCAAUAUUACGCCAAGUGAUGGGCCAUCCCUAUAUAAUCGAUCUGCAAGAUGUCUUCGAAUCAGAUGCAUUUGUAUUUCUCGUCUUUGAGCUGUGCCCCAAGGGUGAACUCUUUGAUUAUCUAACAUCGGUGGUAACGCUAUCCGAGAAGAAAACACGCACCAUAAUGCGACAGAUAUUCGAGGGUGUCGAAUAUAUACACGCCAAAAAUAUUGUGCAUCGUGAUCUAAAGCCAGAAAAUAUAUUGCUGGAUGAGAAUCAUAAUGUAAAGAUAACCGAUUUUGGUUUUGCUAGACAAUUGCAAGAGGGCGAAAAACUUACAGAUUUGUGCGGAACGCCUGGUUACUUGGCUCCAGAAACGCUUAAAUGCAAUAUGUUUGAAGGUUCGCCAGGAUAUUCACAGGAAGUCGAUAUCUGGGCCUGCGGUGUCAUUAUGUUCACAUUACUUGUUGGCUGUCCUCCAUUUUGGCAUCGAAAACAAAUGGUUAUGCUACGCAAUAUCAUGGAGGGCAAAUAUAGUUUUACUUCACCAGAAUGGGCUGAUAUUUCAGAGGAUCCCAAAGAUCUGAUACGCAAAUGUCUAGUCGUUGAUCCUGCGCAACGUAUAACCGUUAAGGAAGUAUUAAGACAUCCAUUCUUUAAUCAAAUGGUUCUAAUGGGUCAUGUGCCCACAUCUGCCUAUAGCAGAUAUCAGCAACAGCACCACCAAAACAACUACCAGAACCACCAGCAUCAUCAACAACAACAUCAACAACAACACAAUCAAUUCAAUUGUACGAGUCCUGGUGCAUAUGGACAAAGUUCGUCAGCUUUUCGAUAUAAUCAGAUUAGUAGCAACAAUAUAAACACGAACAACAACAGCAAUCACAAUAAGAAUAUUGGCCCAAAUCCCUGCAGUUCAUCCUAUAUAUAUUAUAGUGCACCGCAGAGUUCGUAUUCAUCGAAUCGAUUACGUGAUGACGAUGCCUCCGCCUCCGCCUACGCCUCCGCCUCAACCAGUGGUGUCCAGUGUCCAGGUGGCAAUAGUUCCGCCUCCUUUAAGACCUUAACCGCCACGGUCUAUUAUCAGCAGCAACAACAACCAGCUGCAAAUGAUAAUCACGAUGAUAAUAAUGAUGAUGACGAUGACCACCACAUCUCGCGUGAUCGACAUCAUCUCAAUGAUGUUCGCAUUGAUGAGGAUGAUGAUCAAGAUCAAGAUCUGAAUUCUGAGAAUGCUGCUGCCAAGCAUUUAUUAUAUGAAUCCGUGCAGCUGCGCAAACAGAGUCGCUUCAAUGCGCGGAAAAAGUUCCAAUUUGCCAUAUUAGUGAUACGUGCAAUGAUUAGAAUACGACGCCUGCGCUUUACAGCCGAACCGCUCCAUGUGGAGGAGGCCAUACGGGAUCCAUAUCGUGUGAAAGUGCUGCGCAAGGUGAUCGAUGGCUGUGCCUUCCGUGUCUAUGGGCAUUGGGUUAAGAAGGGCGAGGGCCAAAAUCGUGCCGCCCUCUUUGAGAAUACUCCGCGCACUGAACUUCAUGCGCUCUAUAUUAACAAUCUCAGUCGAUAGAAUUCUUCUUAUGGAAUGCAAAUGCAAUGAAACGAAUGGAUUAAAAUUAGCAAAAUUGCAAAUUGAAACAAAACUAUAAAUUUAGCUAUGCAUAGUGAAACAACAA